GGAACAAAUAAAGCCAAAUGCUCUAUCAGAACCAAAUUUCUGAGCCUGUCACCUGCAUUCCAGGAGCCAAACCAGCAAUGUCAUCCUCAGGCAUGCCAGACAUACCAGCCCCACUCACCAAUUUGAAGAUACAAUAUACUCAGAUCUUCAUAAACAAUGAAUGGCAUAAUUCAGUGAGUGGCAAAAAAUUUCCUGUCUUUAAUCCUGCAACUGAAGAGAAACUCUGCCAAGUAGAAGAAGGAGAUAAGGAGGAUGUUGACAAAGCAGUGAAGGCUGCAAGACAAGCUUUUCAAAUCGGUUCUCCAUGGCGUACUAUGGAUGCUUCCGAGAGGGGGCGGUUACUAUACAAGUUGGCUGAUUUAAUUGAAAGAGAUCGUCUGCUGCUGGCAACAAUGGAGUCAAUGAAUGGUGGAAAAUUAUUCUCCAAUGCAUAUCUGAUGGAUUUAGGAGGAUGCAUAAAAACAUUACGCUACUGUGCAGGCUGGGCUGACAAGAUCCAUGGCCGCACAAUACCAGUUGAUGGAAACUUUUUUUCUUACGUAAGACCUGAACCUGUUGGUGUGUGUGGCCAAAUCAUUCCUUGGAAUUUCCCGUUGGUUAUGUUCAUUUGGAAGAUAGGGCCUGCCCUCAGCUGUGGAAACACAGUGGUUGUCAAACCAGCAGAGCAAACUCCCCUCACUGCUCUUCAUGUGGCAUCUUUAAUAAAAGAGGCAGGGUUUCCUCCUGGAGUAGUGAAUAUUGUCCCUGGUUAUGGGCCCACUGCAGGGGCAGCCAUUUCUUAUCACAUGGAUAUAGACAAAGUGGCCUUCACAGGAUCGACAGAGGUUGGCAAAAUGAUCAAAGAAGCUGCCGGGAAAAGCAAUCUGAAGAGGGUGACCCUGGAGCUGGGGGGAAAGAGCCCGUGCAUUGUGUUUGCUGAUGCCGACUUGGACAUUGCUGUUGAAAUUGCACACCACGGGUUAUUCUACCACCAGGGCCAAUGUUGUAUAGCAGCAUCCAGGCUUUUUGUGGAAGAAUCAAUUUAUGAUGAGUUUGUUCGAAGGAGUGUUGAGCGGGCUAAGAAGUAUGUUCUUGGAAACCCUUUAACCCCUGGAGUAAAUCAAGGCCCUCAGAUUGACAAGGAACAAUAUGAUAAAAUACUUGACCUCAUUGAGAGUGGAAAGAAAGAAGGAGCCAAACUGGAAUGUGGUGGAGGCUCUUGGGGGAAUAAAGGCUACUUUAUCCAGCCCACGGUUUUCUCUAAUGUUACAGAUGAGAUGCGCAUUGCCAAAGAGGAGAUAUUUGGUCCAGUGCAGCAAAUCAUGAAGUUUAAAUCUUUAGAUGAUGUGAUCAAGAGAGCAAACAAUACUCACUACGGCUUAGCAGCAGGAAUCUUCACCCAAGACAUUGAUAAAGCCAUUACAGUCUCCUCUGCUCUGCAGGCAGGGACAGUGUGGGUGAAUUGCUAUAGUGUGAUAUCUGCCCAGAACUCUUUUGGUGGAUUCAAAAUGUCUGGAAAUGGACGAGAAUUGGGAGAAUAUGGUUUCCAUGAAUACACAGAGCUCAAGACAGUCACAAUGAAAAUCUCUCAGAAGAACUCAUAAGGAAACUACAAGAGUAGAGAGAAGACUUCAAUAAUUAAGCAUUUCCUACAGUCACUAAUAUAAGUGGGUUUUAAAUACAAAAUUGUUCUUUUCUUGUGUUUUUUAAACAUAGGCUAAUCACAGUAGUAUUAAUACUACCCAUAGAAAACUUGACAUGUAGCUUAUUGUGAAAGAAUCAUUUGCCUUCUCAUAUAUGCCCCCAAUUCCCAUCCUAAAUAAAAAGAAUGGAUUUGGAUGCAAGAUCUCCCUAGCUCUGUCACAGUCAUGUGCUUUUCUUUGUGGCUACUUGUCCAGGAUAAUCAUUUUAUAGAAAAGGACCAGUUGUCAUUUAGCUUCUUUCCCUUAAUGACCCCUUGAAGUACUUAACAUACACUUCAACUGCAGAGUAGGUUGCUCUGUUUCUAAUAGUUAUAAAGUCCUUGAUGUGUCUUGAAAUGUUUCCUAGAAUGUCAUGUCUGCUUGCCAAAUGAAGUAAUCUUAAAAUACUUAACUGUAAUCUGAAUAUAAAGCUUAAUAAAAACAACCUUGCAUGA